UUAGUCAGUAAAUGGUAAAAAAGUACCCGCAAGGCGUAAGAAUUGACAAAUAUUUGGUGGAAAAAAAAUCAAGUUGAAAAUUCCUUCUUACGAUGUGUCAUUUGAAAGAACGCAAUAUCAGACUGUUACACUGUUAGGUGCCUUUUCUUGCGACCAAUACGGGAAAAUAGAAAGUUACUCUGUCAUCCGGCAAACAGCAGCUCAAUUUAGAAUUUGUGGAGCAAUGAAAAUCAAUCAUAAAGUUGUCAAAAUAAUCGAAAUUGAUUUUAACAUACCUGUCAACCGCAAAAGAAAGAAAUAAGCGGUUAGCCGCUUGGAUGAGCGGUAAUGGACUGACGUCAGACUAAGCGCCUGCUGAGCACGCGGCAUUGUCAAUUACUGACCCUCAAAUAUUACCUAAAAAAAGAAAAAAAGCCAUUGAAACUUUGUCCAUUUCAGUGCGUGGGUCAGAGAUGUUCUCAGUGUUGUUCUCGCACGAAUCUUUAUUGCAUAGAACCACAACAAAUUUCGAGUUGAGGAUCGAGUUUAGUUAAGAGGAAGCUGCAAAGAUCACAAGAAACAGUGCACAUCUGUACAGCAGUGGGCCAUUUCUCUUCGGCGAAUAACUUCGAACUUUCACGCUCGGUUGAGAUUCGAUCUUUCGGCGGGAGUGCUUGCACACUUGAAGUAUCUCAGGGGAUAUCAUCAGCAGCAGAUCAAGGAAUAAGCAUGGAGGAAUUGUUUAUCAACAAAACAGUUGUUAAUUCCUCUUCUACAUCGAAUUCAUCUGGCUCUUCUGAGAACUUUCAUCAAUCCCAAACAGCCAAAGUGCUCCAAGUCACUCUGUGGUCAACCGUGGUACUUCUGGGAAUUAUUGGCAACCUCUUGGUGUGCACUAUAAUCCUUGGACUCCCCAAGAUGAAGACACCAAUGAAUAAUUACCUAUUGAGCUUGGCCAUUGCAGACUUGGGAGUUUUGACGCUGCUCUUUCCAAUAAAUGUGAUCCAUCACAUCUUCGCAGUUGGUUGGGUGUUGGGAAAGUUCUUUUGUUUGUAUCUAUUUCCUACGCUGGAGAUCUUCUUUGGAGCGUCCAUCUGGUCGAUCACAACCAUAGCCAUUGAGAGAUAUCGAAGUAUUUGUGGUGCAAACCGCUACAGGAUCAAGAGCAGGUCUCAAAUGAGGACUAAACUGGCCAUCAUUGGUGUUUGGCUGGCAUCAUUUUUAGUUUCAAGCGUUCCUGUAUAUCCCAUGAUGGCCUACAGUCCCGAUCCACCAACCUGCUACCAAAUAUGGCCUGAUGCAAAGGGUAAAAAUGCAGUGUAUCUGGCAUAUUCGUUAGCUCUUGUUGUACUGUGGUAUAUUGUCCCUCUCGCGGUCAUCGCAUUCACUUAUAUAAAGAUCAAGAAACGAGUACGAGAAAGUGUAGUGUUCCGAAACUCGAUGUCGAUUACCGAUGACGACAAGGCUGGGAUCUUAUCACCGUCUUCACAAAGCAAGAAAAGACAGGAAAAGCAAUCUUUGAAUCAAAGCAACAAAACUAGACGUAUACUCACACCUUUGGUUAUUUUCUUCUGUGUGACAAUGCUUCCUUUGAACGUUAUACGCACUGUUAUCCUAUUUGCACCAAAGUUUAUUAGCAAUCCUUAUUUCGACCUGAUCUUCGGGCAAGUCAUAUUUUUCGUUGUAAUCAAUUCUUCUGUUAAUCCAGUGGUCUAUUACAUUACCAGUAAGGAAUUCAAAGAUGCAUUCAAGAAAAUAUUCCAGAAAUUGAGAGCAAAGGAAUAUUUAUUCACACCUCUCGGUCUUGGAAGCAGAAGAACAUCUAGUUCAUUGGUCAGGGUUAAUAUUGGACGAGAAAAUUGUAGGCAACCAAGCAAAAACCUGGACAGAAAUAAUUCUAACGUAGAACUUAUAAAUGCCAAUGUUCAGGUUAUCAGUGGAGUGUGAAGUCAUAUUGGCACUGCAUGUGACUGUAUAUUGUUUCUUAAAACCAACACAAAGGUAAUCACAAUAAUCAAUUAGAGCGAAGGGGACUUUCAUAGGAAACCAACGAGAAAGUAAAGUAAAAUCGAGCAAGAAAGCGCAAGGGGCCAGGUGGCGUUUGGUUUUAGUUUGGAUGAGAGAUUGACGCGAAUCAAAAAGCGAGGCGAAUGAAAACUAACGCAAUUCUGGAUAAGUUUCGAAACGCAGUUUAACCCUUUCACUCCAAAGAUCUUUUCACCAUUUCUCCUUACCCUCGCUAUACAAUUCUAAUAAUACUAGCUUGGACAAUUUGGUAUUGGAUCAACUUGUAAUCCCCUAAUUGAUACAUUCUCAUCCCUUUUCCGCUUGAUAUUGAAUUGAUAUUGUAAUGAGUUAUUCUGUCUUGGUCACACAUGGGACAAAGGGUUAAAAUUGCUCUAUAUACUAUGGAAGACAUACCCUCUGUCUACAUGUUCAGUCGUCCAAACGACUGCUCAGUAGUAUCUGCGUAGUAAGAAAAAAAAAAAUCAGGCCUAGAGAAAUCUCUUCUGGUCGUAUACCCCGAAAUACAUAUUUAUUACUUCGAUAUUCACCAAGGUAAUUUUCAUGAUUUUUGUACAAUGUUAGCCAGUCAUGCAGAAAUCUUUUCCGUAAGUAUCCCUCGUGUAUGUAUUCAUAGAUAUUUUUAGUAUUUAUUAAAAACUGGAUCAUUGGAUAAUGCA